CUUCUUUAUAGGUCUUUUACUACGUUUAUUCAUUACAGUAUGGCCUUAAUCCGGGCUUUUUCAAAGACGCUUUUGUCCAGACUGGUUGUCAGUCUGGCUGCUGCUCGUUCGGUUUUGACCAUCAGACCAAUUAGACCAUUUUCAUCAGCCGUUAUUUAUCGUAACGAGACUAUUCCAGCUGCUGCAAAUGUCUUAGCAAAUGCUAAGGAUGUGAACGGUUUGGCUGAAGGUAAGGAUGAAGCUAGUGAAGAAGAGAGUGCAGUUUCCGAUAUACUUCCAUCAACAUUCCUUGAAGUUGCUGAACAUCCAGAAAUUAACAAACAUGUUGUCACUCCUUUAACUCAUGUUGGUAUUGGUUAUAAAGACUUGACUCCAGUUCAACAGAGAUCUAUCUUACCGAUGUUGAGAGAAGAAAAAGGUAUUGUUUGCCGUGCUAAAACAGGGACUGGUAAAACUUUGGCUUUUAUCAUUCCAACUUUACAUACUUGUCUAACCAGUGAAAAUGCUGCACAAAUAAGAGAUAAUAAAGUACAAGCUAUUGUUGUUGCCCCUACUAGGGAUUUGGCUUUACAAAUUGAAAGUGAAUUCCAUAAACUUAUCUCUAAAUUAAGAGGUAACCAAAGAAAGAAUAUUUCUUAUCAAACCUUGAUUGGGGGUCGUAAAACUGUUAUCUCACCUCGUGAUAUCCCAGCUAUUGUUAUUGCUACUCCUGGUAGAUUGUUAGACUGUUUGGAAAAUACUCGUGGGUUCGCUAAAGCUUGUAGUGAUAUCAAAUAUAGAAUUUAUGACGAAGCUGAUAGAUUAUUGGAUCAAGGUUUCGAAGAACAUUUGAAUAGCAUUGAUAGUAUUUUAAGAGGGGUCCGUAAAGACGCUUUGGUUCCAGAUACUCCACUUAAAUCAGUUUUGUUUAGUGCUACUGUUGAUAAAAAUGUUGAUAAAUUUGCACGUAAUACCAUUUCUAAUAACUACAGAUUUAUUGAUUGUGUUGAUAAAGAUGAACCAGAAGCUCAUAAGAAUAUUCAUCAAACUUUAGUUAAGACUGACAAUAUUUAUCAAUCUCAAAUUGGUGCCAUGUCAUUUAUCUUGAAAAAUUUAAAUAAGAACAAAAAUUUUAAGGCUAUCUUCUUUAUUCCAACUAUUGCUGGUGUCGAAUGGUGUACUUCUACUAUAAAUAGAGCCAUCAAGAAUAAGCUUUUCGAUUUCCAAAAACGUCGAAGCUUUGUUACUCCUUUGCACGGUAAAAUGACACAAUCUCGUAGAGACAGGGCUGUCAAGAGCUUCCGUCAACUUGAAUCUGGGGUUUUAGUUUGUACUGAUGUUGCCGCUAGAGGUUUAGAUUUUAAAGAUGUUUCUCAUGUUGUUCAAUUCGCUCCAUCUAUCGACUUGGCUGACUAUGUCCAUAAAGUUGGUAGAACUGCAAGAGCCGGUGCUAAAGGUAAAGCCAUUAUCUUUAGUUCUCCUUGUGAAUCUAAUUAUAUUCGUAUGUUAGAAGAUCAAACUGGAAUCACUUUCAAUCAAGUUGAAAAGUAUGAAGAUUUUGAAACAGAUGAUCAAGAAUUUAAAGAAAAAAUUAACAUGUUCGAAGACGAAUUCGAAGAAUAUGGAACCUCAUUAAUUUCGUUCUAUAGAUCCCAAGCCGCUAGUUAUAAAUUCAACUUGAGAGCCGUAUUCGAUGAUAUUGUCUCUCUUAUGAGAGAAUUCUUGAAGGAUCCUGAAUAUAAAUUUCCUGCUGGAAGAAGAUUAAUUUCUGGAUUAGGGCUUUCUUAUAACGAUAUAAGUUCUAUCAUGGCUCUCCCGCCUAAUAUGUCUCCUAACGAUCCUGCCUUCAAGCCUCGCGGUUCCAGUAAAAACAGAAGUGGUUCCGGUUUCGGUAGAAGUGGUUACAGAUCCAAUAAUAGAGACUUUAACGAUAGACGUGGUGGCUCAAGAUUCAAUGAUAGAGGUUUCAAUAGUCGUGGUUCUGACAGAGGUCUCAAUGAUAGAGGCUUUAAUGAUCGUGGUUUUGACAGAGGCUACAAGGAUAGAGGCUUCAAUAAUAGAAGCUUUAAUGAUCGUGGUUUUGAUAGAGGUUUUGAUAGAGAUUCAUCCAGAUAUAACCAAAGAGAUGGUAGUAGCAAAUCAAGAUUCGGUAGUUUCAGUGAAUCUAAAAGAUAUAAAAAUUAGAAGAGGGCCGACAGAGAAGAAGUUUCUAGCUUCUGAUAUUUAUGAAACUAAGAAUAAAUUUGACGUUUGCCGUUAUCUUCCAACUAUAUUCAAUGACUGAUAUGAUUGACUGUUGAAGUUUCCCAAUAAUUUUUAUUCAUUU